AUGCCGGCGCAGUGGCGGGGGCAGGAGCAACCGAGAGUGAACUCUGGGUCUGAUUACGUCUUCACCUGCAUCACUAAUGUCACCGGGCCUCCGGGGAGUGGCGUGAGAGACGCGACGCUGGGGUCGCCCCCAGGACUGAUGCCGAUCGCAGCUGCGUAUCCGCGCAAGAUGUUGAGGUCUGUCGCCGCCAAAGUGACCUCGAGACCUGAUGUAUUUGCCCGCCAUCGCUUCAGAAAACCUGCCUUCGGAGAAGUGAACCAGCUCGGGGGGGUGUUUGUCAACGGGAGACCCCUGCCCAAUGCCAUCAGGCUGCGGAUUGUGGAACUGGCGCAACUGGGUAUCAGGCCGUGUGACAUCAGCCGACAGCUCCGCGUUUCCCACGGCUGCGUCAGUAAAAUCCUGGCUCGCUACAACGAGACCGGCUCCAUCCUACCGGGGGCUAUCGGAGGCAGCAAGCCUCGGGUCACCACCCCCACGGUGGUGAAACAUAUCCGGACCUACAAACAAAGAGAUCCGGGCAUCUUCGCCUGGGAGAUCCGGGAUCGCCUGCUGGCCGAUGGCGUGUGUGACAAGUACAACGUGCCGUCGGUCAGCUCCAUCAGCCGCAUCCUCCGGAACAAAAUCGGGAACCUGUCUCAGCAGAGUCACUACGAGUCCUACAAGCAGCACCAGCCGCCCCCACAGCCUGCUAUACCCUACAACCACAUCUACUCUUAUCCCAGUCCCAUCGCUGCUGCAGGAGCUAAGGUGCCCACCCCUCCCGGGGUACCAGCGAUCCCCAGCACCAUGGCCAUGCCCAGGACGUGGCCAUCCUCCCACUCGGUGACGGACAUCCUGGGGAUCCGCUCCAUCACAGACCAAGCAGUGAGUGACACUUCGCCUUACCCCAGCCCCAAGGUGGAGGAAUGGAGCAGCCUGGGCCGAAACACCUUUCCCGCCCCGGGCCAGCACGCCUUGAACGGGCUGGAGAAGAGCUCCCUGGAGCAGGAGGCCAAGUACAGCCAGGCACCCAAUGGCCUCCCAGCUGUCAGCAGUUUCGUGUCAGCACCAGCCAUGCCUCCCUACGCCACACCAUCCCAAGUGUCACCUUACAUGACGUACAGUGCUGCUUCAUCCGGCUACAUGGCCAGCCAUGGCUGGCAGCAUGCUGGAGGCACCCCACUGUCCCCUCACAGCUGUGACAUCCCCACCUCACUGGCAUUCAAGGGCAUGCAGACGUCCAGAGAGGGCAGCCACUCAGUCACGGCCUCUGCUCUCUGA